AAAAUGUGAAGCGCAAAUCAAAUAUAGAGUAUUGUUAUCUGCGUAUAUUGUUUUUCUGUUUAUUUAAGCUCACUGUUCACUCUAUAAACUCUGCCGCCUGGCUGCACAAGUCUUUUAUCCUUUAUAUCAUAUCCUCUGUUAACAUGCACUGGGUAUUUCCCCCCUUUUUAACGCGGACUAAAGCAAUGUAUGGUUCGUCCUCUUGAAAACAUUGGGAUAAUUUAUUUCUUGCCUUCUUGUUGCAUUGCAGCGGAUGUCAGAUGUAUGGAUUUGAUGCAACGCCUCACGAUCAUUUUUUUUUUCUCUGAGGCCGAGCGGCGAAUGUGACCUGAAUGCAGCACAUGAUUUAGCGAUGAAACGAGACGAAAACUCAUUCAGAACUGCUGAAGAAUCCGUGACGCGUUUAAACGCCUGAUAACCCGCAAGCUGCUGAAAAAGAUCAUGUCAGCGCGCAUCAGUACAGAAAAGGAAUAUUAGUGGAGGGACGGUCGCAUCCUCCGACAUCAGACAUUUUUUUCUUUUCGUUUCGUUUUCGUAUGGAUUUGUGAUGGCAGAGAUCAUGGUUUGACGGUCUUUUAAGCGGCACAGGGAGACUAUAGACACAUACACAUACGGCGGUGUGUCGGUGCUCGGUGAGCGCUGAAUGUGUCGUUGGUGCGGGGAGGAUUACUGCACGUUUACCCCUCUCCAUCCUCACCACAUCGGAGAAGCGGAGAGAGACGGGCCACGAGGGACACGACGGAAACUGUUUACCGCUGGAGGCAUUAAUAACCGGGCUUUUUCGCUCAGGAAGUGGAUUUAAUGGUUUUACUUUAAGCAGACAUCGAUCCUGGACCGCAGCAUCUCACGUUCAUUUCUUCCUGCAGUGAGUGAUACAGAGGCAUCAGUGCCGAUAAGCGCGCUCACUACACUACUGCAUUUUUUGGGGCAAAGAUAGACUGCAGAUACUUGCUAUAUAUGGCUGUGUAGCUUCCACGGAGGAGGGCCAAUCCCCUCAUUUCGUUGCAUUUUUUCUCACAAUGCGUUUUGUCCGAAUGCACUUGGGAGAUUUUUAGCCCAGAAUCAUUUGGCCGUUCCACUAUCUGCCGUCUCCUCUCCAAUUGCAAGAUUAUCGGGAGGGGAAAAAACACCCAGCAGCGCAUCCCCGAUGGCAUGGACACUUCCGCAGGGUCUGCCGCGCCGCCGUGCUACCGGAGCCCGUUCGCAGCCCGCCCGAGCCCGCGCCGAGCCAAAGCAAGCGGCAUGAGGCUCGAGCCGGUGCCCUUCUCCAUGCUGGUCAUCGGGGUCGCGUUCGCGUGCCACUCCCCGAGCCCGAGCUCGCUGCGGGAGCGCGCCCGCCACUCCGCCGUGGUGAUUGAGGGCCGUGUGCAGUCGGCGCCCCACAACGCUUCGGGCGCAGAGCCCUACCGGGUGGACGUCAAAGUGCUAGACGUGUGGCCGCGGCACAGCGGCGGCCUCGAGCGCGAGCAGCUCGUCACCGUGCGCGAGCUGGGCCCGACGAGCGGGCCGUGCGCGCGCGUGCUCAACGACCAACGGUACAUCUUCUUCAUGGACCCCACCGAUGAGCCCCUGGUGUUCAGGGCGUCGUACGCGCCCCUUGAAGCCAGUGGCAUGGAUGUGAAAAAAGACGUCGGGAAGAUCUUGUGCGAGGACUGCGGAGCUCCUACAAUUAAACCUUUGCGGAGCCCGGUAGUGGUGCCAGAAGGAUCCCGGAUAACAGUGAAGUGUGAGGCCUCGGGUAAACCUCCCCUGUCCUAUAAGUGGUACAAAGAUGGCACCAUACUGAAAAAGAGCAAACAAGUCAGGAUCAGAGCCAAGAAGAAAAACUCCAAGGUCCAGAUUACUAGUGCUCGGCUGGAGGACUCUGGGAAUUACAUGUGUGUAGUGGAGAACGACAGUGGGAGUAGCAACAGCACAAGCACCGUUCAUGUCCAAAGCAUAACCACAGCGUUACCUCCGGGCUCAGGCCACGAAAGAAGAUGCAAUGAGACAGAGAAGGGAUACUGCGUGAACAACGGCGAGUGCUACUUCAUCCAUGGUAUAAACCAGCUCUCCUGCAAGUGUCCAAAUGACUUUAAUGGCGAUCGCUGUCAAACCUACGUUAUGGCCAGUUUCUACCAGUCUCUUGGGAUUGAGUUUAUGGAGGCAGAGGAGCUCUAUCAGAAGAGAGUCCUGACAAUCACAGGCAUCUGCGUGGCUCUGUUGGUGGUGGGCAUUGUGUGUGUGGUGGCCUACUGCAAAACCAACCUCCCCCCUAGGAAACAGAGGAAGAAGAUGCACAAUCACCUGAGGCAGAACAUGUGUCUGGAUCACCCCAAUCGCAGCCUAGCCAACGGGCCCAACCACCCGGGCCCAGGCCCUGAGGAGAUCCCGAUGGUGGAUUAUAUCUCAAAGAAUGUCCCAGCCACUGAGAGAGUGAUGAGAAGUGGAGCCGAGACUUCGUUUGCUGGCAGCCAUCAUUCUUCCAGAUCCCACAAUUCCUCCACCCGAGCCCACUCCUCCACAAACAGACAUGACGAGAAGACAUGGAGCCUGGAGCGGACGGACAGUGUGCUGUCGGACUGUCCCUCAGGCGUGCUCUCGUCCUCCGUUGACACCAGUAAGUGCAGCAGUCCGGCGUGUAUGGAGGCACGAGCGCGUCGUGCCGCCCACUGCGGCUUCACCGAGUCCCGCCGGCCACCAGUGCGCUAUGGAGAAUCCUUCGACUCGCUCGACUCACCACACAGUGACAGGUAUGUGUCAGCCCUGACUACACCAGCGCGCUUGUCUCCAGUGGACUUCCAUUACUCACUGCCUCCACAGGUGCCUACCUUCCAGAUCACGUCUCCCAACGCCAGCCACGCCAUGUCUCUGCCGCCAGCCGCCCGUGCCCCCUACCCACCUGAGGAGGACCAGCCGCUGCUUCGCUGCUACCAACUGCCUCUGCACGAGGCCCAGCGCCAUGAGCCCUACCAGCAGCGGAUACAACAGCAGCGGGCACGCUCCUACCUGCAGGACAGUGCAGGCAGCCUGCCCUCCAGUCCAUACCGGCUGGCCCAGCACGACGAUGAGUAUGAGAGCACGCAGGAGUACCCACCCUCACUGGGGCAACCAAAGAGAAGCAGUGGACGCUGGCACAGGUCCAGACUGAAUGGGCACGUGGCACCGCAGGGCUACCGGCCAACCCGGGACUUGGGCUCGCGCAGCUGCCUGUCGGACAGUGAGUCGGAGGAGGGCGAGGAGGGCGAGAGCACACCCUUCCUCAGCAUGCAGAACAUAAACACACCCGAGCCCUCAGCCAUCUACAGGCCCGCACCGCCCACACACACACGGACUUCCCACACACAGAGCAGACACACGCAGCAGCAGCACACACGCUCCAAACCAGACAGAGCUGCCCACUAAAGACACAGUCCACCUACACACCCGCAAAAUCUGUAUACCUAUAGACCUGCACCUAUAAAAAAUAUUUUUUAUUUUAUAUAACUAACAGAUAUUCUAAACAAAUGAAAUAUUUAUUUUCAUUUUAGCAAAAAAAAGUUGUCUACUAGUUAACAGCAAAGACUUUUUUUUAUAGGGAAAACUAUUUAUAUGUACCUUUUGAUUUACAGCAUAAAAGAGACGUGCCAAUUUUUUCACAACUUAAAGAAAUAGAAUAAUAUUGUGGUGCCUUUUGCUGUAUGCCGAUGCCAGAGGGCCAGUGGAGUUUUUGUAGCCUUUCUUAUAAGGACGCCUCAUUUUUUAUACGCACUCUUUCGUUGUCUCUUUUUUGGCCUUUUCUUUUCCUUAUCCUUGUGUUCUUUCGGGAGCAGACCCAACCAUUUGAGCAGUGACAUUUCCUCCCCCUUUCACAUCAUGCAAUAUAAACCACUCUUGCGGUGUAUGUUUACAAGAAUAUAAUUCACAUGUUAAAUGAUUAUGUUUCUUUCCUAACAGGAACUUAAUGACAAAUGCAACUGGGACAGGGGCUUAUUUAUUUUUUUCCAAUGAAACAGAAGAAAAGCGUGUGAUGUGCAUUCAGAUGUGUUGCACACCAGUGUUAAGUGUGUGAGCUGAAGGAGGGAGAUGUCGAAUUUUUCAGACUAGUUUCCAUUUAUCAGACUUCACACUAUUGAUUAAAGGGUCACAACUUGUUCCGAUCUGAGAGGCAGAAACCUGUCCCUCUGUAGCAGAUGCUGUGAAGGGUUCCAGCGAUGGCUUUGUCAGCACUCUAGUCCUCUCUUUCCAAACAGUCCCGUUCACGCUCUCUCAUUCUGUCCUUCCUGUCCUUCUAGCGUGGCUGAUACUGAAACUUUUAACGAGUCCACUGAUGAAUUUUAGAAGUAUGGGAUUAUUUUGUAUUAUGGGAAACAUGAAAAAUUGGAUAAUAUCAUUCACAAGGAAUUUUUUUUUAAGAACGAAAGAGAGAGCGGUGAACAGCCACGUAGUGUCUCAGGACAACCCCCCACACCCACACCCACCCGUUCCACCUCACCCCACACCUUCCUCCCUCUAUCACAGGACUGAAGUAAAAGGAAAACCCUCACAGGCUUAUUAUGAAUGUAUAAGCUCACUCUUCCAUCCCCAUUCAUGCUGGGAAUCUCAUUGUAAUACGCACACACACACACACACACACACACACACACACACACACACACACACACACACACACACACACACACACACACACACACACAAAAGACAAGACAAAUAGCUGUGAAACUUCCUUUUAUUGGGGCCAUAAAAAUAUGCCAAAAUAUGCAAGCUUUAUAUUUUACCAGUUGUUUUCUGAAAGAACCAUAGUGCAUUGUGUGAAAACUGUGAUGCUUGAUUUGAGUUUGGUGUACUUGAGUUGAGCUCCCCUUAAUUCUAAUCAAUCAGACCACCGAAUCAUGACACAUGACUAACCAUGACCAUCUCAGAGUCCAGACGGGACCAAAGCGGAUAGCUUUAUUCCUGCAUGAGUCUGUCAUUCAGGACAUUCAUAAGGCUGAUCUUACAGAAGGUCCUGAGCUCUUACUCAUGUUAAAAAUUGGCCAGGUUGUCUGUAGUAAAUUUCAAAAAUAUCAAUGUCAAAUGUGAAGGAACAGAAGUAUCAGUGGCAUAGAUCAUUCAAGAUAUCCAGAAAAGGGAGAAAUGGAAUGAUUAAAAAGCUAUAUAAUAUAUUAUAUAUAUAUAUAUAUAUUUAAAAACUAGAUCCUGAAAUGUUUCUCUUGCUCUGUUGUGGUGGCACAAACAAUUAGAGACAAAAUAUAUCAUUUUUUUCUAGCACUAUGAUGAUCAGAGUUUCUGUUUAUUCCCUGACCUGCUCCUGUUUGUACGUUUGAGAAAUGCAAAAUCAGACAGUGCUUCUCUAGUUAGUUUUAAAUGUGAUAUACCUCUCCUCCUCCUUUUCAGCUUCCUCCUCAUCCUCCUUCUCCUCUUCCUCCAAAAAAAGCCCCAUUAGACUCUGACAGUUAUGUUCCUACAGUUUCUUCCUUUUGUGUUUUCCUCCUCGCUUGAGAAGUUUGAACACCUCUGCAUGUCCUUGUGGUCAAGGUUAAAUGGGUGCAUGGUAAAAAGCAGCAGAUGAUUUUAUUUCCCUCCAAGUCAGUGAAAGUGUAUUCCAUUUAAUAUCCAGCAAUAAAAAAAAAGAGAAUCUUCCCCCCUCCACCCAUGUCAAUUCUUGGAAUAUGCUAGAAAAAAAGAGAAAUACAUGCCAGGUUGUCUUAGAUUGUAAAAUAAAAAAAAAUUAACCACGUCUUCACAUUAAAAAAAAAUAAA